GGCGGGGCGGUGGCGGCCCGGCGCGGGGGGCGCGCGCCAGGGCGGCGGGCACAGCCAUGGCGGCGGCGGCCGAGCGGAGCCGCCUCAGCUUCCCCGGCGGCACCGGGGCCCUGGGGCGGCCCGUGCCUAUGAACCUCUUCGCCACCUGGGAGAUCGACGGCUCCAGCCCCAGCUGCGUGCCCAGGUUGUGCAGCUUGACGUUAAAGAAACUGGUAGUCUUAAAGGAAUUGGAUAAGGAGCUUAUUUCCGGGGUCAUUGCUGUCAAAAUGCAGGGCUCCAAGCGCAUCCUGCGCUCCCACGAGAUCGUGUUGCCCCCGAGUGGACACGUGGAGACGGAGCUGGCUCUGACCUUCUCGCUGCAGUACCCUCACUUCUUGAAGAGAGAAGGCAACAAGCUCCAGAUCAUGCUGCAGCGGCGGAAGCGCUACAAGAACAGAACCAUUUUAGGCUACAAGACCCUGGCUGUGGGAUGCAUCAACAUGGCUGAGGUCAUGCAGCACCCUACAGAAGGUGGCCAGGUUCUGAGCCUUUUCAGCAACAUCAAAGAGGCUCCAGUGAAGGUGGCAGAAAUCUGGAUCUUCUCCUUGUCAAGUCAGCCAAUCGACCAUGAAGACAGCACAAUGCAGGCCAGCCAGAAAAUCAAGUCUACAGACAACUAUUCCGAGGAAGAGUACGAGAGCUUCUCUUCUGAGCAGGAGGCCAGUGAUGAUGCCGUGCAGGGCCAGGAUUUGGAUGAUGAUGAGUACGAGAUGGGGAAGCCCAAGAAGCAGCGGAGAUCGAUAGUAAGAACGACGUCCAUAACCAGGCAACAAAACUUCAAACAGAAGGUUGUGGCAUUGCUGAAGAGGUUUAAAGUGUCUGAUGAGGUUCUGGAUUCAGAGCAGGACCCAGCAGAGCACGUUCCAGAGGUAGAGGAGGAUUUGGACCUUCUGUAUGACACACUGGAUAUAGAGAACCCCAGUGACAGCGGGCCAGAAAUGGAGGAUGAUGACAGUGUCUUGAGCACUCCAAAGCCAAAGUUAAAACCUUACUUUGAAGGACUGUCACACUCCAGCUCUCAGACAGAAAUUGGUAGCAUCCACAGCAUCAGGAGCCAGAGAGAGCCACCAAGUCCUCAGGUAGAAGUGCCUGAAAAGACAAAGAGUCUUGGAACCAAACAUGCAGGCGACAGUGUUUCUGACACUGUCCCUUAUGAGUCUAACCAGCAAGCUGAGGUCCAGGAGGCUGAACUCCCCACUCCAGAUGUGUUUGUGGAGAAGCUCCCACCCAGUGGGAAGAUCACGAAGACGGAGUCCCUCAUCAUCCCAUCCACCAGCAGGUCUGAAGGGAAGCAGACGGGGCGCCGGGGCAGAAGCACAUCCCUGAAGGAGAGGCAGCCGGUGAGGCCGCAGAACGAGAGAGCCAACAGCCUGGACAACGAGCGCUCCCCGGACACCCGACACCACCUACAGAUCCCCAGGAAAACAGUGUACGAUCAGCUGAAUCACAUCCUGGUUUCCGACGACCAGCUGCCAGAAAACAUUAUUCUUGUCAAUACAUCUGACUGGCAAGGCCAGUACCUUUCAGAUGUCUUGCAAAAGCACACCUUGCCAGUGGUCUGCACAUGUUCCUCUGCUGAUAUUCAGGCAGCUUUCAGCACAAUUGUCUCCAGGAUACAGAGAUACUGUAACUGCAAUUCACAGCCUCCAAACCCAAUUAAAAUUGCAGUGGCAGGAGCCCAGAAUUACCUCAGUGCUGUGUUGAGGCUCUUUGUAGAGCAGCUGUCUCACAAAACCCCUGACUGGCUUGGCUACAUGAAAUUUCUGAUCAUCCCUCUAGGCUCUCAUCCUGUGGCCAAGUAUCUGGGGUCUGUAGAUUAUAGAUACAACAACUUCUUCCAAGAUCUAGCCUGGAGAGAUCUGUUCAACAAACUUGAAGCACAGACCACUGUUUCAGAGGCCCCCGACGUCGUGUCCCGGAUAACGCAGUACAUAGCAGGGGCAAACUGUGCUCACCAGCUGCCCAUUGCUGAAGCCAUGCUGACCUACAAACAGAAGAGCCCCGAUGAAGAAUCUUCACAGAAGUUCAUUCCCUUUGUCGGGGUGGUGAAGGUUGGAAUAGUGGAACAAUCUUCUGCAACAUCAGGUGACUCUGAUGACGCAGCUCCCUCAAGUUCCGUAGUCCUUUCUUCCACUCCGCCUUCCGUGUCUCCUGCUGUGAAAGAAGCCUCCCCCACGCCCCCUUCCUCACCAUCUGUUACAGGCAGCUUCUCCCCAAGCCAGGGCCUCGGUGCCGAGUUGAUGGGCCUGCAGGUGGAUUACUGGAUUGCAGCUCCACCCGUGGACAGGAAGAGAGACCCAGAGAAGAAGGACCCCUCCACCACCAAAAACACACUGAAAUGCACUUUCCGGUCCCUGCAGGUCAGCAGGUUACCUGCCAGCGGCGAGAUCGCCACCACGCCAACCAUGUCCAUGACUGUUGUGACAAAAGAAAAGAACAAGAAAGUGAUGUUUUUGCCCAAGAAAACAAAGGACAAGGAGGUUGAGUCAAAGAGCCAGUGUAUUGAAGGAAUCAGCAGGCUGAUUUGCACAGCGAAACAUCAGCAGAACAUGCUGCGUGUCCUGAUCGAUGGGGUGGAGUGGAACGAUGUCAAGUUCUUUCAGCUGGCAGCACAGUGGUCCUCUCAUGUCAAGCACUUUCCCAUCUGCAUAUUUGGACACUCCAAAUCUAACUUCUAGCUGUGCUCGGCGCAGGGACCUUCCGCCCAUCCCGAGGACUGCACACCAGGAGCCAGGACCUGCGUGCCAACUCUGACUCGCGUCUCUCUGCCCUCUCCUGCAGAAUUAAUUACAGAUGUGCUUGGAUUACUUUUGAAUUACUUUUUUCUAUUAACUCUUAAGUUUACUACAGAGGAAGGAAACCCCUUUAAACAAAGGCAAAAAAAAAACCAAAACCAACCAACAAACCAGUCUUAAAUAUAGAUGUGCUGACAACGUGAAGUCGUGGGGGAGUUGGCAGGAGCAGGCAACCUGCCCAAGAACACCUACCACUUAGGAGCAGAUAGCUGAGUAACUGCACUGCUUAUUAACCUGAGACCUCAUUGGUGUGAGUGGGCUGGGGGAGCCCUGGAUCAGCUCAAACAGAUUUCGCAGAAGAUCACGUGUGUUACGGUGCGUUUGGCCCCCGCUCUGUAUUUCUAGGAGAAAAGGAUGGCCAGUCUUUCUUCCUGCUGCCAAAGGAUGAGAGUCUGGAGGGAGUUCAACUGUCCGGUGUGGAAAACAAAGCCACUUGCAGAGUUAGGGAGGUCUGGAGAGGAGAUCCCCUUUGGAGCACGGAGCCUGCCACGGGCACAGGCAGGUGUUGGUGCUGAAGCGAUGCCUGAGGAGGGUUGGGCAGGAACAGGAAUUAGGGAAACACUAAGUAAGGAAACUCCCGUGUGCCAGGUCUUUGACAAUGACCAAACCUGGCCACUCUCUGUGUUCUCCAGCUGGCUGUGCUGCUGAGGGGCACCACGUCAGUGGGGUCGCUGCUAUUUACAUACUCACACCGAUUAUUUACCUGUCAAUAAAACCUCGUCCAGCCUCGAAAGGGAAAGGAUUUUUUUCAACAGCUGCAGAUUUUUUUAAUGCUUUCUAAAAAAAAUAAAAUAAAAUAAAAACAAAAA